ACACCAUCCUUAAACAAAACUCUCUAGGGUUUUUGCAUUGUUUCAAGAAACUCCACAAAAAAUGAAGACAAUUCUGUCAUCAGAAACAAUGGAUAUUCCAGAUGGGAUAAACAUCAAAGUAAAAGCAAAACAAAUAGAAGUUGAAGGUCCACGUGGCAAACUAGCAAGAAACUUCAAACAUUUGAAUCUUGAUUUUCAGUUAAUUAAGGAUGAAGAAACAGGACAAAAAAAGCUUAAGGUUGAUGCUUGGUUUGGUUCAAGAAAGACAACUGCUGCAAUUAGGACAGCACUUAGUCAUGUUAAUAAUUUGAUAACUGGUGUUACUAAAGGGUAUAGAUAUAAGAUGCGUUUUGUUUAUGCUCAUUUUCCUAUUAAUGCUUCUAUUACUGGUGGAAAUAAGUCUAUUGAGAUAAGGAACUUUCUUGGUGAGAAAAGGGUGAGGAAAGUCGAUAUGCUUGAUGGUGUUACUGUUCUCCGUUCAGAAAAAGUUAAGGAUGAGUUGGUAUUGGAUGGGAAUGACAUUGAACUUGUCUCACGAUCAGCUGCCCUGAUAAACCAAAAAUGCCAUGUGAAGAACAAAGAUAUCCGUAAGUUCCUUGAUGGUAUCUAUGUCAGUGAGAAGGGAAGAAUUGUUGAGGAAGAGUAGGUAGUUAGCAAUAGAUUUCUCUUGGGUCUAUCUGUUCUCCAUAAUUUUUGGUUUUACUGUUGAGAUUAUAUUGAGAUUCCUUGCAAAUUUUUUCGGAGUCAGAUUAAACAAUUUUGGAUUUAAGGUUUUCUUGCUGAAGUUUCUUUCGAGAGCAAGCAGAGUUAUCUUUUCUUGGAGUAGGGGAGAUGAAUGUUUUUCUUGAAACUAGUUUGAUUAUAGUAUUUCUUAAUGCUGUGAUAGUCUUUCUUGUUUCUC